GAACUGGAUAACAACGACAUAUCUUCGAACAUACCUCCAAUAAGCGCUGUCCGUAACGGCGCACCAAUCAACAACAAUCUAGAUUACAAUCUUACGAAUAACAACAAGCAAAGAAUAGACACGUUAGAUUCAAACACCGGCGCUUUACAAACUCUUGACAGGAGAGACCCAGAUGGUAAAGACAACGAUUCGACGAUAGACGGUGGAAUAUUAGAUUCGAAAGAAAAAACGUAUACCACCGAUGUAAACGGCAAGGUAACUGUUCAUGUGGUUGUGACAAUAAAUGGUAACGGAACAUUAGCUGACCUUAAGAAGCAAAGGAUGCAAAUUAGAAACAGCAACGCAUCUCCGGUGGGUAGCUUAGACGAAUCAGAGUCGUCGCCCCAAAAUUCGAAUUCCACGGAUAUCAUCAGGUUUACCGGCGACACCACACAAGAAAACGUAGAAUACGCCAAACCCAAAAGAUGUUGCGUCAUACAGUAAGACAAACGAUAAGUCUUUUUUAUAAAUAAUACAGCAACAAUUUUAAAUCUAAGAAUUAUCGAUUUUAAGCACUGAAAAUCUUUCGAUUCCACGUUUCGUCAAAUAAUGUAAGUACCUUCCGUAGCGUAUGUCAUUUAGUUUUUUGUAUACAGAUUAGUAAAUCUGUUUAAAGCAAAAAAAAAACAAUGAAAAGAGAAAAACUAAGGCAUAUUUUGUACAAGGACACCAAAAACCAUAGCAGAAAAAAAAGUACCUUGGACAAAAUAUAGAGUGUAAAAUACGUCCUAGUGUUUAUUUUUUAGUCUUUUUUUAGUCAAAUUUGUUUAUUGAUGGAUAUACUGUCUAUCAAAACGUCCGAUAUUUUUUGUACAGUGUUAGUAUUUUAUUUCUCAAAUUUUUAACAGGCUUUAAAUUUCUUUUCUUUUAUUUUUGGAGAUAAGACGGUAAUUAAAAAAGCAAAUUGUAGCAUUUUUAUUAUAUU